GGAGAAUAAGAGCGCAUUGGAUAAGGCGGGGGAAUACUUCUUGCUGCUGGAGAUGUUCCGGGGCAUGUAUGUGUUGCUGGAGCAGUUUUUCCGGCCACCGUGAGUAUCGCCACCAUGAGGACUUCUAUUCCUCAAGAAAUAAAAAUGCAGAGUGGGGUUUUGACGGGCGGAAAAAGGUACACCAUCUACUAUCCUUUCGAGAAGGGUCCCAUUUCUCCCCGGUUCCGUGGCGAGCAUGCGCUGCGGCGGUAUCCCACAGGAGAGGAGCGCUGCAUUGCUUGCAAGCUUUGCGAAGCCAUUUGCCCGGCCCAGGCUAUCACGAUUGAGGCAGAAGAGCGUGAAGAUGGCAGCAGGAGAACUACUCGCUACGAUAUCGACAUGACCAAGUGUAUCUACUGCGGUCUUUGCCAGGAGAGCUGUCCCGUUGAUGCAAUCGUUGAAAGUGCCAAUGCGGAGUAUGCUACGGAAACCAGAGAAGAGCUUCUGUACAACAAGGAGAAACUCCUCGCAAAUGGGGACAAGUGGGAGCCAGAGAUUGCGGCUGCAGCUCGUGCAGAUGCGCCUUACAGAUGAGAGAUGCCUACAAGGGCUUGAACGUGUAAAUAUUAGCAGCGAAGUCGGAUGUAGCAACAAAUCAUGAUCCCUAUUGUGCGAGGAUGCGCAGAUUCUUGUCAACGCACGGUCUAGACUUGUAACUAAACACGUUACAUUCACAUGGGAAAGAUCCACACAGCUAAUGACGCAAUCGUGUUAUGAGGGAUGGGCGGU